AUGGUCAAAGCAGUUGCUGUCGUCCGUGGUGACGCCAAGGUGUCCGGCACCGUCAUCUUCGAGCAGGUGUCCGAGUCUUCGCCUACCCGCAUCACCUACGAGAUCACGGGCAACGACGCCAACGCUGAGCGUGGCUUCCACAUCCACACCUUUGGCGACAACACCAACGGCUGCACCUCGGCUGGCCCUCACUUCAACCCCUUCGCCAAGACCCACGGUGCGCCGACCGACGAGGUCCGCCACGUCGGCGACCUCGGCAACAUCACCACGGACGCCCAGGGCAUUGCCAAGGGCACCAUCGAGGACAAGCUCGUUCAGCUGAUCGGCCCCAACAGCGUCAUCGGCCGCACCGUUGUCGUCCACGGCGGCACCGACGAUCUCGGCAAGGGUGGCAACGAGGACAGCCUCAAGACCGGCAAUGCCGGUGCCCGUCCGGCCUGCGGUGUCAUUGGCAUCUCGGCCUAA